AUGGCGGACACGGCGCGCGACGCCUUCCCGGACGAGGCGGAGACCGCGUUCACCCUCGACGAGUACAUCGAGGGCAUGGAGGCCGUGGAGCUGGAGGCGGAUUUGGUGCUGGGCGGGGACGAUGGCAAGGACUGCACCUACGCCGGCGGAUACCUCAAGCGCCAGGCCGUCUUCUCCUGCCUCACCUGCGUGCCUGAUGGAGUCGCCGGGGUCUGCACCGCCUGCAGCCUCGCCUGCCACGACGGGCAUGAGGUUGUUGAACUUUGGACAAAGCGGAAGUUUCGUUGUGAUUGUGGCAACUCAAAGUUUGGAGGUCACCUUUGCAAACUUUGCCCUGAGAAAGAUUCUGAGAAUUCAGCAAAUGCUUAUAACCAUAACUUCAAAGGUUCCUAUUGCACAUGUGGGUGGCCUUAUCCUGACCCAGAAGCUAAGGAGCAAGUUGAAAUGAUACAAUGCAGUAUAUGUGAGGACUGGUUUCAUGGGGAUCAUAUUGGUCUUAACUCUAUUGAAGAGAUACCAAGAGAUGAGGAAGGGGAGCCACUCUAUGAGGAAUUUCUAUGCCACAAAUGUUCACAUGUUUGCCAUUUCUUGAAAUUGUAUCCAGAUACAAUUUGGGCUUCUGGUAAGCAGAAUCUGGCAGUGCAAACUGAUGGAAGUGAUCCAAAUGUGAUGGAAAAACCUUCAGGUCAUGCUAACACUGAGAAACAUGAAAAUGGUGCUCUUGUUGAUCAUACGGUUGGCGAAAAGACCUCCAUUGGAAAUGAUUCUACAAAAGCUAUCGCAGUUCCUGAGGAGGACAAUUUGGGUAACAGUUCUGGCAGCAACUGCAAGCUAGGAAUGGAUGUAAAUACAAUGCCAGCUGUUACAGAUAAAAGUGAGCCUUUUUUCAUGUCUAAAGGUUGGAGGGAGGCACUAUGCAGGUGUGAAACAUGCAGCAACUUCUAUGCACAACGAGGUAUUGCAUAUCUUAUUGACAAGGAGGAUUCUAUUGAGGAAUAUGAGAAGAUUGCCAAGCAGAAGAGGGAGAAGAAACUGGAGCAGCAGCAAGGAGCUGCGACAAAUUUUCUGAAUUCACUUAAUCAUGUUCAGAAGAUAGAGAUGUUGAGUGGCAUCAAUGACAUGAAGAAUGAGUUUCAGUCCUUUCUGGAGUCCCGCGAUACAUCAAAACCAAUAACAUCUGAAGAUAUACGCUUUGUUUUCGAGAAUCUUGCUAAGAAGAAACAGAGGUUAUCUUAG